GCCCAAAUCCUCCCGUCCUCUCGCUACAUCACCUAGCUCACCUGCCUCUGCAGAAUCGCACGCAGCACCAAGCGGACUUUCGCACCCUACGACCUGAGCGCCAUUCCAGACAUACCACCACAAGCUGGAUCCGCUCGCAAGGACGUUGCGAUAGCGUGCCUUGCCUGCGCUUGCCAUGGCCCCGAGGCGUAAGCAGGCGAAAAGCACGCAAGCCAAGCAGCAGCCAUCGUCGUCUGCUUCCUCAUCGCGGCCUCCAACUCACGUCGACUCCUCUAGCAGUGCGCAUACAUCCCAUCAAUCAGCCCCACCAGCCUCCGACUCCCUAUCCUCCUCACCACCGCCGGCUGCAGAAUCUCCUUUGACCUCGGGAACACCAUCUACUGCCCCUUUGGCUUACUCGCGUGAUCCAUCGCCUGCGGAACUCCAGUCGCUCGACUUGGAAGUGCAAGCUGCUCUUCAAGCGCACGCAAACGCAAGCUCGAGCAUGAUGAAGCAAGACGCUCACGUCAACGAGCAAGGCGAGCAAGGCUCGGAUGCGGAAGCUGCAGCUGGUCUAGGAGCAUUGGCUGGUCUGGCCGCCGCAGCAGCAGCCGGCGAUUCGAUCCCGCCAUCCACGGGCGAUAGUCCGGCAAAAGCAUCUGCCGGUAGCAGCAGCGUGGACACUUCUUCUCCCGCCAAAGCGCACCCCAACGCGUACGCCUUUAGUGACGAUAGCGACUUGACGGAUGAGCCGGACGAGGAGAAUGACCAGGAAGUAUCAAAUGAUGGCUCUGCUUCCGGAUCUAGUGACGGAGAUGAUGUGGAACAAGAAGGAGAUGGAGAUGGUCAGGACGAGGAUGAAGAGGAAGGCGAGGAUGAUGGGGAUGACGAUGCGCAAGCAUCUUCCCGGCUCAGGAGCUCCAAGGGAGACGCUUCUCUCCACACUCAAACCAGACCGUCUUCUAGAGAAGGCAGCGAUCUGUCCGAUGAGAAUGAUAGCGGAGAGGAAGACUCUGAAGCCGAGGGCGAUGGGAUGGAGGUGGAUGCAGAGGACGCAGAAAGGAGCGCGGACGAUGCUGAUGAAGAAGCAGCGGCAAGCCUCGCUGCACUGACUUCUGGUGCGACAAGGUCAGCGACCGAAGCGCACGAAGCGGAUGCUCUGGAUGGCCUGGCAGCCAUUGCUGCUGCUGCCGAUCCUGACAGCGAAAACGCGGCCGUGGGUACCUCAGGAAGAGGCGUCACCGGUGAAAACGCUGCUGCAGCAGCGCUCGCGGCAGCCGCUGCAGCGCGAGGAUCUAUGCGCCUAGGAAGAGGAGCGCUGCCGAGGCAGCAUGGUCCGCGGAAGAGAGCCAGUCGCGCGAACGAGGUCAGAUUGGACGACUCUGACGAGCAAGACGAAGAGUCUAGCGGAGAAGGCGCAGAGGCGGAAGAGGGCGUGGGCGAAGGCGACGCUGAGGUGGACGCGGACCUCGACAAUGACACUCAAGACUCAUCCGCCGCCGCCAAGCCUGGAGCUGCCGCAUCCUCCGCCACAAAAGUGCCGGCAGGACCCACCAAACCUGGUCUUCUCUCUGGCGCGCCCCUCAUCACGGUUGAAGGUGCAGGCGAAGGCGAAGCAGACGACGAUGAAAAGGGCAUUCAGAGCGCCAUGACGAGUCGAGAAGGUACCCCAAUGCCUCUGCCCAUGCAUCUCAAGAAUCGGCUCGCUAGGGACGGCACGGACGCUGAUGGCACUCCUGCCCCUGCUAGCGAAGCUGACGAUGGGGCGGCUGAUGAUGGUGAGUUCACCUUGCAUCUUUGAUGCGACAUUGAUGAGGCAAGCGUGGCUCAGUAGUCUGUAUGCCCGCAGACACAGGCACAGACGAAGCUGCUCUCAAGAGGCAAGAGGCCAUGGAGGCUUUGACCAAGAUAGAAAUCAGCUUCGCGGCUCUGCGCGAUCGCCUGUACGUCGAGCGCAUGGAGGAGGUGAACAAGGAAAGCGAAAUGAUCCUCGAUGGUACUCAUCCCGAGCUUGUGCAUCUCACCAGGCUAAUUGAUGCCAGGAAGGACAGACGUCUGAACCUCGUCGAGCUCUGGUUCGAGCAACAACAAGCGCAGUACGAGCGAGUCGCCAAGACGGAAGAGGCAAUGACAUGGAGCAAUUGGCGCGUGA